AUACCUUAUACAUAAUUCACAUACAUAUAUGUUUGAUUAUACAUACAUACAGAAAGUAAUUCGCUGCGAACUGAUAACAAGACUACUAUAUUUGAGUUCGCAGCGAACUGAUAUUGUGCAUAGUAUGCUCAGAAGUCGUCUGUUUUUAUAAGCAACGCUACAAAAUGAUAAAAACGGUCUGUUGUCAUUAUGCAAUAUGUAUCCGCUGAAUAAGUGCUAUUUGUUGGUACACAAAAAUCGAAUAUGAUUUGAAAAAUAAAAUUGUGAAAAAUUGAACAGCGCAUGUCAACAUUUCUAAAUCAUUCUUUUCAACUAUUUAUCUGACUUUUUACUUUUGGUGUCUUCUUGUACACAGAGUUCCAACAAAAUUUAUCAGUCAAAGAAGUGCGUCACAAUUAAGACAAGAUGAUAGUGAAGAGUUAGAAUUAGUUAUAAUGUCAAGACGCCAAUCAAUAGUGGAUCCGGGUGAUCAAGUAAGGUUCUGCAGUCGUAUUGUCCCCUAGCUAGUAUAUUUGAGAUUCCGCUGGUAGUGGCAUGCUAAAUGUCAAGAAGCACAGUGUUUAUAUCGAAUGUGUUUUUCUUGAUAUAUUUAGAUGAAAUAAAGAGACUAGAAUCAGACCUUGCUAAAUAUCGAAAAGAAAAUCAAACUUUAAAGCGAAGAGAAGGAAGGGGAGGUGAUACAAUUUUGAUUAUAUUGGUUUUUCGCUCUCUUCACACACACACAUACACCGUAUUUGUUAUUUAUUUCUUCCCAUACGGAUGUAACUUCCCUUCCAAAACUUAUCAUUAGCUAAAAAUUAUUUUUACACUACCUCUGCUGAAAUUUUAGAACUUUAAUUUGCACGCGGAAGGGGCUACCCUUUGCACAUUUCUAGAUUUGCUGAUUAUUUCUCUUCAGACGGCAGUACUAAUAGAUUAAAUUAAAUGUUCAUCAUUCCAUAAUGAUCAAAAUCUAUCUUUUCUUCUUCGAAAACUUGAAUGGAAAAACGCAUUACAGCCUUUGUUAUUAACGUUGUAGUGACGAGAACUGAAGAAAUCGAAAAAAGAACGACGAAAGAUAUAAGGUCAAAAGUACAUAAUAUGUACGUUUUUUUCGUCUUUCUGAUGUGUGUCUUCGGUAUAAAACGUGAUGCUGAACGUGUCCAGGUAAUUCAAUACAGCCAGUAAUUGCAUUUAUUGGAUAACUUAAACAAACCUUCAAGACAAUAACAGAAAAAAAAGUCUCUCUCCUUUCUUCCACAAUAAGCACGAUAAUAGUUAUAUUUUUGUUUUAAUUGGAACACAGAACACAUUUAUUUCGCGCACACACAACUCGCAACCAAAGAAGAAUUUUAACUAUUGAACUGUAGAAAAAAUGUCAACAACAAAAAAUCCAUCAACUGACCCAGAAGCAGCUAGAAACGCUGCAGCAUCUGAUCAUCGACAUCAUUUAAUUUCAAUACCUGAUGUAAAAACAUCAGCAGCGGCGACAGAAGGAGAUAAUAAUGACCAACAUGAACAGGGUCGCCAUCAUCAAAUAAAACCAACUGAAGGAGGAUCGACGGUUCCAGAUAAAUCAUCAGCGGAACAAUAUAUUCAAGCUAUAAGUAAUAUAGAUGCUCAAGAGAACAGACGUGAAGGUAACGUUGUAGCGUCAUCCGGAAUCGAAUCUGCGAGUAAACAUUAG